CGAUCAAUCUAGCCAUAUUCGUUAACUGAGGAAUCGAAGUUUUGUAAUGGUUUAGGACCUAUUGAGCUUUGAUUCAAGAACGUAAACCUGAAAUCAAUCAUAUUAAUCUAUUUGUUUUAGCAAGUAUGAAGCCAAGGAUUGGAUCAUUCUUCUUCUUUUACGUAGUCUUCGUCAUUGCCAGCUUCGGCAGGUCGGUUUCCAUUUCUUCCAAACAAUUCCUCGGAAUUGAUCCCCAAGAUGAGAACUAUUUCAAGGCUUUGUUAUCUUCCGAUUCAAUAAAAUGCAAGGAUGGAUUCAAGAAAUUCACUAAAUCUCAGCUGAAUGACGACUUUUGUGAUUGUCCUGAUGGAACUGACGAGCCAGGUACAUCGGCAUGUCCUAAAGGGAAAUUUUACUGCAGGAAUACAGGGCAUGCUCCUCUUACUGUAUUCUCUUCAAGAGUUAACGAUGGUAUAUGUGAUUGCUGUGACGGGAGUGAUGAGUAUGAUGGUCAAGUGAAGUGCUCAAACUCUUGCUGGGAAGCUGGAAAAGCUGCAAGAGAUAAAUUAAAGAAGAAGAUUGCAGUAUACAAGGAAGGACUGACCUUGCGCAAGCAGGAAAUUGAACAAGCAGGAUUGGCUUUAGCGAAAGAUGAGGCGGAGUUGUCACAACUGAAAAAUGAAGAGAAAACUCUCAAACCACUUGUUGAACAGCUUAAGGAGCAUAAGGAGCAGAUUGAAGAAGCAGAGGAGAAGGAACGGUUACAAAGAGAAAAAGAAGAGAGUAAAAAGAGAGAGGCUGAGGAAGCUGAAAAGAAGAAGAGUGGGUCCGUGGAGGAACCUGAAAUAGAAUCUAAGACUGUUGAAGAUGCUGAUCAUGACACAAUUGAUCUUGUAGAGGACCCUCCAAUGAAUGAGGAAAUGACAGAAGGCGAUGAUGACUCCGUAACUAAAUAUGACCAUACUGAAGUUGAAGGUUCACUAGAAAAUGAAGAACAAGAUGUCGACGUUCCAGAGAAGGUGGAAGAGGCACAUGCAGAUGAACAUGAUACUGAUAAAGAUGCAUCUGAAAAUACGGAGUCAAUGUCAAAGGAGGAGCUGGGUCGUCUUGUUGCUUCCCGUUGGACAGGUGAAAACUCUGGGGAGCAAAAUGGAGAAUUUGAUGAUGCAAAAAAUGAUAACCAUGAACUCUUUGAAGAGGAGCAUAAUAAUGCACAUGUCGAGGAACAUGAAGGGUAUGAUUCAGAAACUGAUAGUGACAGUCACAAAUACAAUGAUGGUGAAGAGGAAGACCAUGAUUUUGGAGUCGAGCAUGAUGAUUCUUUUUCUUCAUACAAGUCAGAUGAUGAAAUUGACUUUGCAGAGACAGGAGCCGCAAGCAACCCAACUUGGUUGGAGAAGAUACAAAAAACUGUUCAAAGCAUUCUAAACUCUGUUAACUUGUUCAAGACUCCUGUUAAUAUAAAAGAUGCUGCUCGUGUCAGGAAAGAUUAUGACGACUCCAGUGCCAAGUUGUCCAAGAUACAAUCCAGAAUAUCAAAAUUAACCAAAAAGCUAAACCAAGAUUUCGGGCCAGAGAAGGAGUUUUAUGCUUUCUAUGAUAAAUGCUUUGAGAGCAAGGAGAGCAAGUACGUGUACAAAGUUUGUCCCUUUAAACAAGCUUCUCAGGAGGAGGGGCACAGAACCACUCGUUUGGGGAAGUGGCAGAAAUUUGAGGAGUCAUACAGAGUUAUGGUAUUCUCAGAUGGUGAUAGUUGUUGGAAUGGACCAGAUAGAAGCAUACAGGUUAGACUAAGGUGUGGAUUGAAGAAUGAGGUAACGGAUGUUGAUGAACCUAGCCGUUGCGAAUAUGUGUCCCUUCUGUCUACCCCAGCUGUCUGUUCUGAAGAAAAGCUGAAGGAGCUUGAACAAAAACUCGUAUUUUUGAAUAAGGAGAAACCACAGGGCCACGAUGAACUCUAAAACCGGUUUGUACGAGAAGUGCUACCGAGGCUGGAAGAGGAAGGCGAUGAAAACAAACUACUGAGAGGCCACGGUAUAGGCAUCGAGAAACGCCUCCUGUUUCCAUCAUCGACUCCUCCAUUGACAUCAACAGCAGCAGCAGCCAUAAUAUCAUUAUUAUCAACUUUUGGUUCAUCCAAAGGAAGUUGAUACCUGCAAACCGGACAUGAGCUAUGAAGCUCAAGCCAAGGGAGAAUACAUCCACUAUGGAACUUAUGCUUACAAGGCAUUUCUUUUGCUUCCUUACCAACCUCGAAAUCAUCCAAACAGACUGAACACUGCGACAAGUUAUCAUUUAUUCUCACGCUCGGCAUAGUUUCCACCACCGCUUUCUGAGCAGGUGGGGUCCCGUAUCGAUUAGGGUCGUUUUCCGCCAAGUGUUGCAGCAAUAAGUCUAGCCCUGGUCCAACAAAGUAAUCGCCCAAAGACCCAAUUCGAUGGUUAUGGUUCCUGUUUUCCGAACCGAACGAAGGACCGUUUAGUAUGAUAGAAUGGUCAAACGGGUUGAUCAAGAUGGAAUUCUCUCGAUCGGAUGAUUCCCUCCUUCUGUUGUUGUCUGCUUCUGAUAACAUCCCUGCUCGAAUUCCUUGGAGGAGUUGAAGAAUCGUGGCGGAGCUCCUCCUCCUCCUUCUCGGGUCAAUCGAUUCAACCUCAUGAUGACUCUGAUUGUUGUUGUUGUUUUCAUCAUCUUCUUCAUCUGCUAAUUCAAGUCUUCGUCUUAACCUCCUUCUACGCCUCGGAUUGCUCAUCAUGCCUAGCAAGAUGGGCGCCCAAAGGGAGAGCGCCCGAUCAGAUUCAGAUCCUCCAGAUCCCGCUGUUCCUAAGAAAUCUGAGAAAUCUUCUUCCCUAGAGGAGGAAGAUGAAGAGUCAACCACGCCGGAGGAGGCUAUAUCUUCUACAAAUCCACCUUGACAUAAUGGGCAUUGGACCAUCUCAGCCCCGAUCCUGAUUGGAUUUAUAACAUGUUCACAAUUGUAACACCAAUACCUAUUCACGCCCACUCCUCCAUCCAUUUUCCAGUCUCAGUUCUAUCUUCUGCCACAGAGAAAUUACACAAAUUUAGGCACUUUCCUUCUUCUUCUUCUAUUCAUGCAUGAAAAAUGAUACAAUACAUUCAACAAGAAGAACCUUAUUAUAUGAUACCAUCAUUAUAUGAUAUGAAGCAGAGAAGCUUACCUUCAAAAGAGCAGAUGACCACCGAUCGAUCGAUCGAUAAGGGAAAUAAAUUUGUGAGCAGAUCUAGGAAUUUGGUAAUGGUCAAAAGCCUAGAAAGAUAUGAGACCAAUGAGUAUAGAAAUUUCUGCUGAUUUGGGGUUGGGAUUCGAGCUAUGAUUCAUUCAUUCAUUCAACUCUGGAUGAUGAUUGAAAACCCAGAAAUGAAAUGAAAUGAAAAAGUAGAAAGUUCUACCUUUGAGAAUUUAGGUUAAAGAAAGGAUCAGGAUUUUCCACCUUCCCUUUCUCUCUCUCUUUUUUGGUUGUCAAUGGAGAAAACAAUGAAAUGGGAAGGAAGAUCAAGAGAGAGAAAGGGGCGCUUACUGAAUUGGAAAAUCUCUCCUCCUUAUUUCUGAAUGUUUCUCUUUCUCUCUCUUGAUCUAUCCCUUUCUAUCUUUCAAUGUUUAUUAUGUAUUUGAUGGUGAUAGGUUAAGUCAUGGCCAAGACGAUGAUCAAAAACCUACCUUCGUUAACAAUUACUAUUUUUUUUAAUUAUUUCCUUUUACACAUUUCACUAUUUAUAAUAAUAAUAAUAAUGGAAAACAUUAACAAAUCACCCUUUUAUUGACCCAAAGUAGGGUUAAUUUGAUCUA